GUAAGCUCGUGCGACGGUGGGUCGCGCUCGAUCGGGUCCACGCAGGCGUUUUUUUCUUUUUUUAUCUUUCUCUCUCUCUCCUCUCUCGAUCUCAUGGUAGUUACCCCUUCGUCGGUUGUGCUUGUGACAGUGAAUCUGAGAAUCGGCCAGACUGCAGCCUUCCUCGUCGUCCGCAAGUUCUUCUGACGCGCUCGAACUGGAUCCAGUGAUUGAAAAUUGCAAGGAUCGGAUCAAACCUGAAAAGAAACAGCGCUCGGCUCGAGGUUCCGAGAAGCUGUACAUAAGUGAUCAGCGUCUCUAUCUCAUCAAGUGCGAGCAUUGGGGGCUCGAGAAAAUUGGAGCGAGCGAAUCUCACGUCGUUCUCGUUCCCCUCUCUUGGGCGCUCACUCUCUGCGAGCCUCCUGGGUUUAUUCGCGUGCGUGCGUGCGCGCGUACAGCCCACGUAUUUCAAGAUGCAUGAGUAAGCGCUAAAGGGGGCGCAAAGGUCAACGCCUGCUUACAUCUGCCGCGAGGGAGCCAGGUGCUCGUAAAAGCUCGACUUCGCGCGGCGGCCCAACCGAAAUAGAUGACUCGGGAUCAUAGUCUGUGCGCGUGUGGCAUAACGCUUUCGCGGAAUCGGCGCAGUUUUGACGAGUUGUUCCGCGGGCAGGAGUAAUCGGCAUCGUCGGCCGUACGCCUCGAAAUAGCCGGAUCGCCAGCGUGGGUGAACAGCUUCCGAACAGCUGCGGCGUUUCUAACCUCAAAAUUAGAAAGCUCGGUCAAUCCGGGCCGUCCGUUCGAAAAAGUCGGAUACGAGGAAAAGUUGGUCGAACAGCGCGAGCGAGCGAGCGAACGAACGAACGAGCGAGCGAGAGAGAGAGAGGGAGAAAGCGGAUACGCUGCACAUGGUAAAAAUAAAACGGCCGUGAAGCUUCGGUCUGAUCUGGCGAUGUGCUUCGCCGAAAAAUGGGCUGCUCGGCGCGCCGGUGAAAGUUAAAAAUAUGCGCGACCUGUCGAGGAGGCAGCAUCAGCAUCAGCAUCAGCAGCAGCAGCAGCAGCAGCAGCGCCGGCGGCGGCGACAACAGCCACGAUGAGCGGCGACUGGUAAGGUCAGGGGAGCAGGACAGCGAGAGAGGACCGCGGAGCGAUGCAGGUGGACUACGGCCAGCAGAGCCUGAGACGCAAGACGCGCUCGGCCUCGAUCUGCGCGCCGGGCUCGUCGAGCAUGGAGCAGAUGCUGAGCGCCAUGCCGCCUAUGGGCAAGGAGGGCGGCGCCGGCAGGGAGCCCAGGACGUCGGCGCUGAAGAAGGACAGCGGCAGCGCCACGCCCGAGAGCAGCAGCACGCCCAACAAGAAGCGUCGGCCCGCCACGAGGUCGCAGAGCGCGCGCGCCUCCGGGGCCAACAAGAGCUUCAAGCGGCGACAGGCGCAACAGGCGAGGGAGCAGGAGUACCAGGACGGCGGCGGGCCGCGCUCGGCGCACUGCAGCAGCGAGCCGCGGCUAUCGGAGAACGACGCGAGCCCGGGCCUGCGGCGUCGCGGCAGCCGGCGCGGACAGAGCGCCUACCAGCCGCACCAGCGCAAGCACCAGGUGAACGCCUAUCUGGACGUGCCCGACGCCAACGCCGCCGCCGCGACCCUGCAGCGCGACGACCUCCUCGACGAGGACCUCUACCGCCUUAGGAGCUUCAGCCUCACCAGCAAAGGUGUGAUCAACCGGGGCGACUCGUUUCGCAAGAAGCGCUCGCGCUCCAACUCGCUGGCGCCGGCCGAGGGCGGCGGCGAGGCGACGGCGACCUCGGCGGCGGCGACGGACGAGCAGCAGCAGCAGCAGCAGCAGACCGGCAACAAGUCGGCGGCGGCGGCGGCGGCACAGGCGCCGCCCAAGGAGGUCGCCUCGUACAACGUGGCCGUGCUGGGCGCCCGCGGCGUCGGCAAGUCCGCCCUCGUCAGCCAGUUCAUGUCCAGCGAGGGCAUCAACGCCUACGACCACGUGCGCCAGAAAGAUACGCCGAGCGAGCAGUCGGUCUUUGUCAUGCUGAACGGUGAGGAGAGCGAGCUGCGCUUCGUCGACGUCACCAACAUAAAGGACCUGGAGAGGCUGGCGCAGCCGCACGCCUACGUGGCGAUGUACUCGGCGACGGACAAGGCCUCCUUCCAGCGAGCCGAGAGCCUGCUGUCCAUCAUCCACGAGCAGGACAUCCGCGGCAGACCCGUGAUCCUCGUCGGCAACAAGAUCGACCUGGUGAGGUCGCGAGCCGUCUCCACGCAAGACGGCAAGUGCCUGGCGUGCACGUACAAGGCCAAGUUCGCGGAGAUCUCGGUGGGCAUCAACCACAACAUCGACGAGCUGCUGGUGGGCAUCCUCAGCCAGAUCCGGCUGAAGGUGGCGCACAGCCAGGCGGGCGCCUCGGGCUCCGGCGACGCCGAGCACUGGUACAAGUCGCGCGGGGUCGUGCGCGCGAGCAUGAAGGCCAGGCAGAUGCUCACCUGGCUGUUCGGCAAGGAGGACCGCAAGUUCAAGAACUGCGAGAACCUGCACGUGCUCUAACUCGCGCGGCUCGCGCGGGAGCCGGCGCUCCUCGUCGUCCUCGCCUCGGCCUGCCAGGACGACGGCCGAGCCGUGUGCGAUAUGUAUAUUUACGUGGGAGUGUACAGAUGCACCUGUGUCGGGGAUGCUCGCCGAGCGCACGCAGCGACGGUGCGCUGGAUCCGUUUCUAACUGGUUAUCGCGAGCGAGUACGCGAACACGGGCUGCCCGAAGCGUUGCGCGCUUUCUUGUGAUCAUUCGCACAAAUUCUAUCGGACAAACAGUUGAUCGAUCAAAGGAUAUUUAUACGCAACUUUUAUCGUACGCAAUGUUGAAUAAUGCCGUUACAACGUUAUUAAUUAUUAUAUACGAGCAGUUAACCGAGGUAAUGUAACACGUUCAAUCAUUCGACUAAUAUCGUGUGCGCCGAUCGAUUGCGCAACGUAGAGUAACGAACACUUGGCCGGCGUGAAAGUGUAGGCGUCCGAGACAAUCCAUGCGAACUGCAAUAACGUACUUUUCGAUUUCUUCUUUUCUAACACACAGAUCUUCGAUGUUACGAGCUGAACGGACACCAGUUGUCUCUUAGUCUUUCGUUAUCUAUUUUUCUAAUCAAAAGAACAAAGCCUCGACUAAUGUUCUACUUUUGAAGAUUUAAUCUUAAGGUUUUUUGCAUAAGACAAUAAACAAAAAAAAUAACGCGUGUCCCGUUUCCGUUGAAAGCGCACUCGUCGAGACAGUGAGAGAGAGGGGGGGGGGGCGAUAGCGAUAGAGUUGAAUGUAUUCGGAGGCACACGUUGAACUUACUCAAACAGUGUUGUAAUCAAAGCUCUUUUAUCUCUAUUUGCCAAACUACUUGUAUUAUCGUCGUUACGGUGUAAAACUUGAAAAAAACAUGGCUGCUAAUGCACAGCUUUCAAUUUUGGGGG